AUGAUUACAGAAGUAAAUGAAAAUGACUCUCUGAAAUAAGAAGAUAGAAAAUAGGAUGAAACUGAUGUUUCUUAUGUACAAUUGUACAGGUUUGCUUCAAAAGCUGAUUAUGGUCUAAUGUUUCUAAGUUUGAUUGGAGCGAUUGGAAACGGAUUAUCUAUGCCUAUAUAUUCUAUAAUUUUUGGUGACCUCACUGAUUCGUAUGCAUACGAUGAUAAUGAUACCAAAAUAUAAAAGGCUGGACUCAAUACAUUGUAUAUUUAAAAUAGAUAUAUUAGAUAUAUGGUAAUCUUAGGUAUAGCUACAUUAUUAGUAACAUUAUUAAUGUAUGCGACAUUUUCUAUAAGUACAGAAAAUCAAACAAAAAGAUUAAGAAAAUGUUAUCUUAGUUCUCUAUUAAGAAAGUAGGUUAUGUGGUAUGAUUAAAUAAAUACAAAUACUUUAAACUAAAAAAUAAACAAUGAGAUAUCUUCAAUAUCAGAUGCAAUUGGAGAAAAGACAAUGACUUUUGCAUUUUCUUUAGCUGCCUUUAUAAGUGGUUUCUUGGUUGGGUAUAUAAAGUAUGAAUUUGUUAAAGAUAUUUUUAGAGGUUGGAAACUAGCAUUAGUAAUAACAUCAGCCUUACCAAUAUUAGCAAUAACAAUAGUAUUGAUUGUUAAUGCAGCAUAUUGGAGGGAACAGUUUACAUUAAAGUCUGAUAUUGAUUCAUCAGCUGUAGUUGAAGAAACAUUAAGUCAAAUUAAAACAGUAAAAAUGCUUGAUGGAGAAGAUUUUGAGUAUUAAAGGUUUAGUAAGAUCAUAUAACAUUCAUCAAAGACAAUAAUUAAAUAUGGAUUAUAUUAUGGUUUAUCAUAUGGAUCUAUGUUGGGGUUUUAAUAAUGGACUUAUGCAUUAGGUAUAUUUUAUAGUGGUUAAUUAGUAUCAAAUUAAGUAAUUAUAAAUAUUAGUAUUUUAAAAGGUUGAUAUAAAUUAUACAGGUUCCAUAUAUACAUCAGGUAGUAUUUGUACUGUAUUCUUUGCAAUAUUAAUGGGAAGCUUUUCUUUAGGAUAGAUUGGUCCUUGUUUGUAAAGUUUUGCUAAGGGAAAAUUAGCAGCAAAAGAAGUUUUUAAGAUUUUAGAUGAGAAGCAAAUUUAAGAAUAGAAUUAUGAAUUAAUAAAUAAUGAUAGUUUAAAUGGUUUAAUUCAAUUUAAAGAUGUUUCAUUUACAUAUCCAACAAAAAAAGAAGUUUAAGUAUUAAAAUAAGUGAGUUUUUAAAUUCCAUAAGGAAAGAAAGUAGCAUUUGUUGGAGAAAGUGGAUCUGGAAAGUCUACUAUUGCUUAAUUAUUACUUAAAUUUUAUGAAAUUGAUAGUGGAAUGAUUUUGAUAGGUUCGAAUGAAAUAUCAUUAAAUUAGAUUGGGAAAGAAUAAUUUAGAUAGAAGAUUGCUAUUGUUUCUUAAGAACCUGCUUUAUUUGAUACAACAAUAAGAGAAAAUUUAAAAUUGGGAAAUUAAAAUUGUAAUGAUGAAGAAUUAAUAGAAAUGUUAGUAUCAAUGAAUGCAUCAGAAUUAGUUGAACAUUUAGAUACAAAUGUGGGAAUUAAUGGAAAUCAAUUUAGUGGAGGUUAAAAAUAAAGAAUUGCUAUAGCUAGAGCAUUGUUAUAAAAACCAGAAAUUUUAAUUUUAGAUGAAGCCACUAGUGCAUUAGAUAGAACAAAUGAAUAUCAAAUAACUAAAAAAAUAGAUGAAUAAUUUACAAAUUUAACUAGAAUUGUUAUUGCUCAUCGUUUAAGUACUAUUUAAGAUAGUGAUUUAAUUAUUGUAUUUUAAUAAGGAUAAAUAAUAGGAUAAGGUACACAUACAGAAUUGUUGUUAAAUUGUUAAUAAUAUGCUUAUUUGAUAUCAAAAUAAUAAACAAAAGAAGAAGCCAUGGUGUUGCCUACUACUUUAAUGAGUAUAGAUAAUGAAUCAAUUAAAAAAAGAACAGAUAGAUCAUCAAAGCGAACAUAAAUUUUUGAUAAUAAUCCAUCUGAAAAGUCUAAGAUUAGAUUGAUAGAUACUUAAAAUGAAACAAUUAAAUUAUCAAUGGUUAGANAGUAUCAAAUUAAGUAAUUAUAAAUAUUAGUAUUUUAAAAGGUUGAUAUAAAUUAUACAGGUUCCAUAUAUACAUCAGGUAGUAUUUGUACUGUAUUCUUUGCAAUAUUAAUGGGAAGCUUUUCUUUAGGAUAGAUUGGUCCUUGUUUGUAAAGUUUUGCUAAGGGAAAAUUAGCAGCAAAAGAAGUUUUUAAGAUUUUAGAUGAGAAGCAAAUUUAAGAAUAGAAUUAUGAAUUAAUAAAUAAUGAUAGUUUAAAUGGUUUAAUUCAAUUUAAAGAUGUUUCAUUUACAUAUCCAACAAAAAAAGAAGUUUAAGUAUUAAAAUAAGUGAGUUUUUAAAUUCCAUAAGGAAAGAAAGUAGCAUUUGUUGGAGAAAGUGGAUCUGGAAAGUCUACUAUUGCUUAAUUAUUACUUAAAUUUUAUGAAAUUGAUAGUGGAAUGAUUUUGAUAGGUUCGAAUGAAAUAUCAUUAAAUUAGAUUGGGAAAGAAUAAUUUAGAUAGAAGAUUGCUAUUGUUUCUUAAGAACCUGCUUUAUUUGAUACAACAAUAAGAGAAAAUUUAAAAUUGGGAAAUUAAAAUUGUAAUGAUGAAGAAUUAAUAGAAAUGUUAGUAUCAAUGAAUGCAUCAGAAUUAGUUGAACAUUUAGAUACAAAUGUGGGAAUUAAUGGAAAUCAAUUUAGUGGAGGUUAAAAAUAAAGAAUUGCUAUAGCUAGAGCAUUGUUAUAAAAACCAGAAAUUUUAAUUUUAGAUGAAGCCACUAGUGCAUUAGAUAGAACAAAUGAAUAUCAAAUAACUAAAAAAAUAGAUGAAUAAUUUACAAAUUUAACUAGAAUUGUUAUUGCUCAUCGUUUAAGUACUAUUUAAGAUAGUGAUUUAAUUAUUGUAUUUUAAUAAGGAUAAAUAAUAGGAUAAGGUACACAUACAGAAUUGUUGUUAAAUUGUUAAUAAUAUGCUUAUUUGAUAUCAAAAUAAUAAACAAAAGAAGAAGCCAUGGUGUUGCCUACUACUUUAAUGAGUAUAGAUAAUGAAUCAAUUAAAAAAAGAACAGAUAGAUCAUCAAAGCGAACAUAAAUUUUUGAUAAUAAUCCAUCUGAAAAGUCUAAGAUUAGAUUGAUAGAUACUUAAAAUGAAACAAUUAAAUUAUCAAUGGUUAGAUAGGAAACAUCAUAAAAAUAAGAUAGAAUAGAAAUGAAUGAAAGAUCAUUUAUGUAGACUUUGAAAGAUCUUAUUUUACUUAAUUACAACGAAAUUCAUUAUUUAAUUAUUGGAUGUUUAGCAGCAUGUGUAAAUGGUUCAAUUUAUCCAUUAUUUUCUUAAGUCAUAGCUGAAGUUAUUGAAGCCCUUUUAAUUAAUAAUCCUUAAUAUAAUAUAGAAAAUAGUACACCUGAUUAAAUACUAUAAAAAGUGGAUGCUUUAAAUUAAUCGAUAUUGAGAUGCGAAACUAAUUUAUUUAUUUUAGGAUUUGUGUAUUUUAUUUCAACAACAUUAGAAUCCUUUAGUUUUAGUGUUUAUUCUGAAAGAUUAACUAUACGAAUGAAAUUAGAAAUAUUUCAUAAAUAUCUACGAUUACCUGUAGGAUUUUAUGAUAAUCCAAAUAAUAAUGUAGGAUUUUUAACAACUAGAGUUAAUACAGAUUCAAGAAUUGUAUAAUAACUUUUUUAAAAUAUUAUUGGAUUUAAGUGUUAAUAUUAUGCAGCCAUGUUUGUAGGAUUCAUUUUAUCAUUUGUUUCAUCUUGGAAAUUAACCUUAUUAGCAAUAGGACUUGCUCCAUUAUCUUAUUUUGGAACUAAAUUAAGUUCAAAAUAUGUUGUUGGUUCAUAAUAAUCAUUUUGUGAAUAAGUAUAUAUUAUUAGUAAUAGAAUUUUAAUGGAAACUUUAACUAAUAUACGAACUGUUUAUUCAUUAAGGGCUGAGAAUAUUUUGGUUGAAUAAUAUACUAAACUUUUGGAAUAGCCAAGUAAAUAAGCUAAGAAACUUGGUGCUUGGAUUGGAGUAAGUUCAGGAUAUGCAUAAAUGAAACCAUUCUUGGUUAAUGGAUAUCUUUUCUUUAUGGGAACUCUUCUACUAUAUUAUGAUGAUCUACCUGUACUGGGAAUCUAUUAAACUAUUUUAGCAAUUAUAUUUGCAGUUGUUGGAGGUGCCAAAGAUAUAUACUUUUAAUCUGAUAAUAAUAAGGCUAAAUAAGCAAUUAACUAUUAUUUUAAUUUAUUAGAUAUUGAAGAUGAAUUGUAAGAGAAAAUCAAUUAAAAUCAUAAAAAUUGAA